AUGACGACCGCAGGCGCCAAACAGCCCGUGAAGAUCGCAAUCGACAGAGGAGGGACCUUUACCGAUGUAUGGGCUCGGCAGGAAGGCCACCGGGAUAUCGUGCUGAAGCUCCUCUCGGUUGAUCCGCAAAACUACGAUGACGCCCCGGCCGAAGGCAUCCGCAGAGUGCUCUCCAUUAUCCGCGGCCAGGAGAUCCCCCGUGGUGUCCCGUUGCCGAAGGAUGACAUCGAGUUUGUCCGGAUGGGCACCACCGUCGCCACCAACGCCUUGCUGGAGCGUAAGGGGGCGAGACACGCCCUGCUGGUCACCAAAGGCUUGCGCGAUCUCCUGACCAUCUCGUACCAGUCGCGGCCGCGCCUGUUCGACCUCAACAUCGUCAAACCCAGCGUCUUGUACACCGAUGUACGCGAAGUUGACGAGCGUGUCACGGUCGAAAACUUUGACGAGGACGUGUUUGGCGCCCACAAGGUCGAGACGGAGAUUCCUGGCCAGCUCGUACGCACGUCAAGCGGAGACAUGGUCCGCAUCAUCAAGCCGCUGGACGAGGAUUCGGUCCGGACCAUCCUGAAAGAGCUCCGGAGCAAAGACAUCGACACCAUCGCGGUCUGCUUUGCCCACUCGUACAUCUUUCCAGAGCACGAGGCCAGGGUCGGCCGGCUCGCAGCCGAGGAAGGCUUCUCCCACGUCUCGCUCUCCUCGGCCGUGGCGGCGAACAUGAUCAAAAUGAUCCCGCGAGGGAGCUCGGCCUCGGCCGACGCGUACCUGACGCCAAACAUCAAGCAAUAUCUCUCUGGCUUCAGGCGCGGAUUCGAGGGCUCGCACCUCGACGACGUCAGGGCCGACUUCAUGCAGUCCGACGGCGGGCUCGUCAGCCACAAGAGCUUCAGCGGCCUCAAAGGCAUCCUGUCUGGCCCCGCCGGCGGAGUCGUCGGCUUUUCGCGCACCUGCUACAGCCCCGAGACCAAGGUGCCCGUCGUCGGCUUCGACAUGGGCGGGACGUCGACAGACGUCAGCCGUUACGGCGGCGUCUUGGAACACGUCUUCGAAACCACCACGGCCGGCGUCACCAUCCAAUCUCCACAGCUCGACAUCAACACCGUGGCUGCCGGAGGCGGCUCCAUGCUCUUUUUCCGCAACGGCCUCUUCGUGGUGGGGCCCGAGUCCGCCGGCGCCCACCCUGGCCCGGCGUGCUACCGCAAGGGCGGCCCUCUCACCAUCACCGAUGCCAAUCUGUUUCUGGGCAGGCUGUUGCCGCACUACUUCCCAAAGAUCUUUGGCAAGAACGAGGACGAGCCCCUGGACUCGGAGGUGGUCAAGCAAAAGUUUGCAGAGCUGGCCCAGAGAAUCAAUGCCGAAGGGGGCCAGUCUCUCACCCCGGAAGAGGUGGCGUAUGGAUUCCUGGACGUGGCGAACGAGUCCAUGUGCAGACCCAUUCGAGCCCUUACCGAGGCCAAGGGCCAUGAAAUCGGCAAACACCAUCUCGCCGUGUUCGGAGGAGCUGGCGGGCAGCAUGCUUGCGAAAUCGCCUCCAAACUCGGCAUCUCCACAGCCAUCAUCCACAGGUACUCCAGCAUCCUGUCGGCCUAUGGCAUGGCGCUUGCCGACAUCGUCCAAGAGGCGCAGGAUCCAGUCAAUGUCGUCUACGCCGGCAAGACAGUUGAUGAUCUCGACCAGAAGCUCGCAUCAUUGCGAUCCACUGUCACUGAGCGUCUGGUGAACCAGGGAAUCAAGGAGAGUGACAUGCGUUACGAACACUACCUCAACAUGAGGUAUCGCGGAACCGAGACGGCCAUGAUGAUCCUCCAACCGCCAAACGGCAGUUUCAGGGAUGCCUUUUUGGAGCAGCACCUGCGCGAGUUCAACUUCGUCUUCCCCGAUUCGAGAGACAUCCUUGUCGACGACGUUCGCGUCCGUGGUAUCGGCAGCAGCGGAUCCGUGUCGUCGGAUGCGGACAAGCUUGCGUCUGAACUCAAGAUGACGGCUUUCUCCCAUGCGAAGGCAGACUUGGCCGAGACGAACGUCAAGACGUUUUUCCAAGGACACGGCCAGGUUUCUACUCCGGUAUAUCUACUGGAGCAGCUCCUCCCCGGCAUGAAGGUGGCUGGCCCGGCGAUGAUUCUGGACAGCACCCAGAGCAUCCUGCUUGUGCCAGGGACGGAAGCCAAGAUCCUGUCGGCUCACGUCGUCAUCGACGUGCCGCGUAUAGCCAAAACCAACGCUUCUUCGACAACGGUCGAUCCCAUCGCUCUGUCGACGUUCUCUCAUCGCUUCAUGUCCAUCGCAGAGCAGAUGGGGCGCAUCCUCCAGAAGACAUGCGUGUCCCUGAACAUCAAAGAACGGCUGGAUUUCUCCUGCGCCGUCUUCGGCCCGGAUGCCGGCCUCGUCGCAAACGCCCCGCAUGUGCCUGUCCAUCUCGGCUCCAUGAGCUACGCGGUCAAGUACCAGCACGAACUCCUCAAGGGCAAAUUGGUUCCGGGGGACGUCCUCGUUUCGAACCACCCCGAGGCCGGAGGGGCCCACCUCCCCGAUGUAACGGUGAUAACGCCAGUCUUCGAAUCGAGCGGCAAGCGCAUAGCUUUCUACGUCGCCUCGCGCGGCCACCACACGGACAUUGGCGGCCUGGGCGGCACCUCGAUGCCACCCAACUCCACCGAACUCUGGCAGGAAGGGGCGGCCAUCAAGAGCUUCAAGCUGAUACACGGAGGCAACUUCUUCGACGAGGAAGGCAUCAAGAAGAUGCUCCUCGAGCCAGGAAAGCACCCAGGCUGCGUGGGCAGCCGCCGCCUCGACGACAACAUCUCGGACCUCAAGGCCCAGGUGGCCGCCAACCGCAAAGGCACGCUCCUCAUCCAAGCCCUGAUGGCCGAACACUCCCAAGCCGCCGUGCACCUCUACAUGCGCGCGAUCCAGCAAAACGCCGAAGUCGCCGUGCGCCGCUUCCUGCGCCAGACGCGCGCGCAGAAAGGCGCCGUCCUCUCCGCCGCCGACCAGAUGGACAACGGCUCGGAGAUCCGCCUGACGGUGAGCAUCGCCCCGGACGGCGCCGCCGCCUUCGACUUCGCCGGCACCGCCGCCGAGAUGCUCUCCAACAUGAACGCGCCGCCCGCCAUCACCCACUCGGCCAUCAUCUACUGCCUGCGCCUGCUCAUCGGCGUCGACAUGCCGCUCAACCAGGGCUGCCUCGCCCCCAUCGCCGUCGCCCUCCCCCGCGGCUGCUUCCUCAACCCUUCCCCGGCCGCCGCCGUCUGCGCCGGCAACACGCAGACGUCGCAGCGCGUGUGCGACGUGGUGCUGCGCGCCUUUGGCGCCGCCGCCGCCUCGCACGGCUGCAUGAACUGCCUCGGCUUCUUCGGCGAGGUCGUGCGCAACCCGGGAAGCCCGGCAGAUCAGGAACUGCACGCCUUCGCCUUCGGCGAGACCGUCUGCGGCGGAUCGGGCGCGACGGCCCACGGGCCCGGCGCGGACGCGGUGCACACGCACAUGACGAACACGCGCAUCACGGACGUGGAGACGCUGGAGCGGCGGUACCCGGUGCUCCUGCGCGAGUUUUGCGUGCGGGCGGGCAGCGGCGGCGCGGGCAGGCAUCGCGGCGGGUGCGGCGCCGUCAGGGACGUCGAGUGCACGCGCGUGCCGCUGCGCUUCAGCGUCAUCUCCGAGCGCCGCGCGGAGGGGGAGGGGGAGGAGCGCUGGAUCAACAUGGGACCGAAGGCGAUGGUGGCCAUGCAGCCUGGUGAUCGCUGUGUCCUGCUCACGCCUGGCGGGGGAGGGUGGGGCCCUGCGCCCAUUGAUGAUGGUGGGUGUUCGGUUGGCGGCGGAGAUUCAUCAUCAUCAUCAGAGCAGAGGGGUGGAGCGCUGUAUCAUCCGCGCGCGGUGGGUAGCAUCGCGGCAUGGCACACCGCACAGGCCGAAUCCUCCUGA